AUGGAUUCCCAAAAUUAUUUUGAGGAGACAUUGUUGUUUGUAGAAAUAGAAAGAAAUAAUAAUGAGAAAACAGAAUUUUAUUUAGAUUAUAUUAGUAGAUGUUUUAAUUAUUUAUUGAAGCAAAGUGACAGUUAUAUAAUUACUACAUUAAAAAGGAAUGACUCAUUGAUUUCUUUUUUUUUUUCUUAUUUAUUAAAAGCAGAUAGACCUUAUGAUUUACGUUUUGAUAAUUUAAUAAAAAGGGAGUUUAAUAUUUUAGAUAAUUAUGUAUUAGAAUUUUAUUUAAAAUUAUUUGAAGUAUUUUUAAAAAAGGAUAAUAAAGAAACAACCAUAAUUAAAUCUACAUUUUUGAAAAUGCAUAUAUUAAUGGAUAUAAUUAUGAUACUUUAUAAAUUAAAUAAAAAAAAAAUUAAAGAGCUAUUAAAUAAUACAUAUAAUAUAACCAAAUUCAAUUUUUUGAAUAUAAGUAAUUAUAUAACAUUUUUAUAUAAAGAAAUAAAGAAUGUCAAGAAAAAAAUAGAAAAUUAUAAAAUAAACAAAAAUAAUUUGAGUUAUUUGUUAUUUGAUAUAAAUGAAUUCAUUUUUUGUGUUUAUUGUUUUUCAAAAUUUUUUAAAAAAUAUCACAUUUUUGAUAUUAAUGAAAAUAAAUUAAUUAUUGUUAAAUUAUUUUUGUAUAAUGAAAAUGAGGAAAAUAAGGAAAAUGACGAAAAUAAGGAAAAUGAUGAAAAUAAGGAAAAUAAUGAAAAUGAGGAAAAUAAGGAAAAAUUAAUUAAUCCUUCUAAUUUUAAAGAUGAUUGUUCCUUUCUUUAUAUAUUUAUACAAAUAUAUUUUGAUAUGAUUAAUAUUAUAUAUAAUGACAAUUUAAAAGAUGGUUGCAAAAAAAGUAUUUUAUUUUUGAGAUAUCGAUUUAUAAAAGUUUUGAAAAUUUUCAUAAAAUAUAAUUUAUUAUAUGGUGAUAAAAGAAAUAAUAUUUUACAUUUAUCUAUAUUAAUAGAUUUAUUAAAAGAAAAAAGUAAUGAAAUUAAUAUAUAUUUUUUAAGAAAUGAUAUAUAUUUAAGUAAUUGGCAUUUUUUAGAAUAUCUUGUUUUAAAAAACAUAUUAGAUUUUCAACUUUAUUCUUAUAUAAAUAAUUUUUUAAAAAUCAAAAGCAAAAAUGAUGAAGAACAAUUGAUAAAACUAAAGUAUGAAAAUGAAAUUAAGCAAAUCAAAGAAAUAACUAACAUUAAAAAUGAAAAUAUUAUUUUAAAAUUCUUAAAAAAAAAUAAUUUAAAUUUAUCUAAUUGUGUAGAAGAAAUUUUGCAAUUGAAUGAAAAAGAAAUUAAUGAUCUACAAAGUAUGAUAAGUGAAGAUGAGGUUGAAAAUGAUAAUGAUAUUGAGAAUAACAAUGAAAUUGAUAGUAAUAAUGAAAUUGAUAGCAAUAAUGAAAAUGAUAGCAAUAAUGAAAAUGAUAGCAAUAAUGAAAAUGAACAUAAACAAGGAAAACUUUAUUCAAUCAAAGAAGAUACUACAUCUAUAGUUAAAGAUAAUAAAAAAAAUAUUAUAGAAAUAUUAAGAGAUAAUAAAUUAAAAAAAAAUCCUUAUAUAAAGAAAAACAUUAAAUACAAAUAUACAAAUGAUUCAUUAGAUAAAGAAAAUAAAAAUAAAAUUCUAAAUUUAUUAGAUUGUUCAAGUGGAUCUCAUGAAUUGUCAGAUAAUUCAUAUGGAAGUUUUGAAAAUGAAGUUAUUUUCUCUAAUUCAUAUAAAAAUAACCAUGCGAAUAACACUGAAGAAGAAAUUGAAAAUGAUAAUGAAAAAAAAAACAAAUUUCAUAAAAAUAAUUUAGUUAAUCAAUUUUAUUGGCAUAAAUCAAAAGAAAAUUUAACCCCUACUAAAAAAGAAGACACAAAAAAAAACAAUAAUAAAAAUGAUAAUGAAAAAAUGAAAAGCUAUUAUUCCAAAAAAAGGGUUAACAAAGGAAGAUCUCAUAGAAAUCAGUAUGACAAAAAAAUGAGUAAAGGAAUGUUCUAA